AUGCUCUCUUCCCGCGGCGAGAAAAAAGCAAAGUCCUUUGAUAUUCCCUGGCGCUUCGCCGUGGCCCCAACCUACGACAAGGAAGCGAACCCCGAUGGCAUCAUUUGUUUUGGGAUGGCUGAGCAUGGCCCUGUCCGUGCCGAUAUUGCAGAAUACAUUAACAACAAUGUCAAGUUUACCACAAACUCGGUCUGCUACCCCUCCAUGUCAACGUCAAACCCCCUCCCCGCUGCCGUCUCAUCUCAUCUAAACAAGUACUUCAAGCCCCUCAUACCCAUAACGCCUGAAAUGGUUGUUAAGGUGAACGGCUGCUCAGCUGCAGGGAACAUGCUGUCCUUUGCGCUUGCGGAGCCCGGGGAUGCAGUCCUAGUCAGCAGACCGGUGUAUGGGCGGUUCGAGCUUGAUUAUGGCGUCCAGGGAGGAGUGGAAAUAGUAUAUGCGGAUACGGAUGUUAAUGAGGCUUUUGGGACGGCUUGUGUGCAGAGGUAUGAGGAGGCAUUGGAAAAGGCAAGGGAGAGGGGAGUCAGGGUUCGGGCGCUUGUUGUUGUUAACCCGCAUAAUCCCGUUGGUAUGAACACGCUCAAUUCUACCUCUUUUGUUGGCCGGUGCUAUCCACCAGAAACGCUUGUCGAGAUCAUGAAAUUCUGCAACAGACACAAGCUUCAUCUGAUUAGUGAUGAGAUCUAUGCAUUUAAGGACUUCGCCUCCGGUGGCCUUCAUCUCGGCUUCAUAAUAUCUCGAAACUUUGAGCUCCGUCGAGCCUGCUCGGCGAUGCUACGAUUUCACAGUCCUUCCUCGGCAGCUGAGACAAUAGGGACUGCAAUUUUGCAAGAUGAGGACUUCGUAUCUCGAUUUAUUGAGAGAUCUCGUCGGGAUCUUGCUCACUCCUAUUCAAUAGCUACUUCGAUUCUUGAUCAAGAGGGGAUCAAUUAUGUUAAAGGGGGGAAUGCCGGCUUCUUUCUUUACAUCGAACUCUCUCCAUACCUCUCUCUACCAAACCAGGAACAUGAAUUCGCACUCGCCCAAAGGCUGCUCGAUAACGGGCUGUUCUUGCACCCAGGCGAGGAGCAUUGUAAGGAACCAGGCUGGUUUAGACUAGUCUUCUCGCAUGAUGAGCACAUUCUUCGGGAAGGGUUACGGAGGUAG